CACGAGGUAUUAAGCAGUAGUCCACGGGAAUAAAAAUAGAUAAUACACCGAAGAUGAAGUUCUUUGCUCCACUUGCGUUGCUGUGGCAUAUUUCUGCGGCUUUCUAUCUUCCCGGGCUUGCCCCUGUCAACUACUGCGAAAAAGUGGAUGCUGAACAGUCAACAUGUCAGGUGGAGAUACCUGUCAUGGUAAAUCGUCUGGACUCAGUGGAGAAUAUCAUUCCUUAUGAAUAUGAUGCGUUUGAUUUUUGCUCAUCCGAGAGUGGAUCUCGACAGACGGAAAAUCUCGGCCAGGUGGUGUUUGGAGAACGCAUCACAAAUUCACCAUAUAAGUUCACUUUCAAGCAAAAUGAGAAGUGUAAAGAAGUCUGUGUGAAAAAAUACCCAAAAGGGGCCAAGGACAACAAAUCUAAGUUGGAUAUGCUGAGGAAGGGCAUCAAACAAAACUACCAGCAUCACUGGUGAG